GGCCUAGAGUCGCCAUGGGAAUAUGCGUCUCUGUCUACGCCGAAAAGGCACUUUCGGCUUCACAACCCACCCAGAGAUGGUCAAAGACAACAACUUCAAAUCAAACCUAAACUCUAUUUGUUUUUUUUUGGAUUCUCUGUAUACAAACGCAUAAAUGGUCUCUAUUAACUCCCAAAGAACAAAGCUUUUUCUCUCCAUUUUUAUAUAUAUUUCCUCUUAUUUUAACUCAGAGUUCUCAAUCUUAUAGAAACCAUGGCUCUUGUCUAUAAGCUUCCUUAUGUUUCUUCUUCUUCUUCUUCUUCUUCUGGGCAAAAUUUCAAGCAUUUCUUCUCAAUCCCAAAAACCAUUUGCUCUUUAAAUUACAAAGCCUCACCUUUUACUGAGAAACAUUCAAUCGAGAGAUACCAAAGAGACCACUGGCUUUAUAAGAACCAGCUAGACUACCAAUCUUCUUCUUCGUGUCCUCUCCCGUCUGACAAAGAGUCUAUCAGGGAAAACGACAUUGCUUUGCAGCUACCAGAGCUUAGGAAGCUACUCCAAGUGCUUAGAAGGAAGAGAAUGAGUUGUGGUAAAGAUGGAGGGAAAUGUGGACCAGGGAAUGUGUUCUUGGUAGGUACGGGACCAGGGGAUCCAGAAUUGUUGACAUUGAAGGCAGUGAGAGUGAUACAAAAGGCUGAUCUUUUGUUGUAUGAUAGGUUGGUGUCGAAUGAUGUUCUGGAUUUGGUUGGUCCUGAUGCUAGGUUGCUGUAUGUAGGCAAGACUGCUGGCUACCAUAGCAGAACCCAGGAGGAGAUACAUGAAUUGCUUUUGAGUUUUGCUGAAGCAGGAGCUACUUUUGUGAGACUUAAAGGAGGGGAUCCACUGGUAUUUGGAAGGGGUGGAGAGGAGAUGGAUUUUCUACAACAGCAACGAAUUCAAGUGAAAGUUAUUCCAGGUAUCACUGCUGCUUCAGGGAUUGCAGCAGAGUUGGGAAUUCCAUUAACUCACAGAGGUGUUGCAAAUAGUGUUAGAUUUUUAACGGGACAUUCAAGGAAAGGAGGAACCGAUCCACUCUUUGUAGCAGAAAAUGCAGCUGACCCUGAUUCAACGUUGGUAGUUUAUAUGGGCUUGGCAACCCUCCCUUCUCUUGCAUUAAAGUUGAUGCAUCAUGGUCUCCCAGCAGAUACACCAGCUGCUGCAGUGGAGCAAGGGACCACACCUCAGCAACGUGUGGUUUUUGCAGAACUAAAGGAUCUUGCUCAUGAAAUUGCAUCAGCUGAGUUGGUUUCACCUACACUGAUAGUAAUUGGCAAGGUGGUUGCACUUUCACCAUUCUGGCCACAUUCUUCGAAAGAAGCAUCAUGUUUUUUGGAGGCUGUAUAGGAAAAAUUCAUGGCAUAUUAUGCUGUUCAAUUCAUUUGCUGCAACUCGCAGAUUAACUGUUGCUUAAAAGUGAAGUUGCAUCUUAAUGUGGAAAUGUAUCAUUUGCUAAUGUGCAAGAUUCUUGUCUUGAUUGGACCAGCUGAGCCUCAUUCUGGCAAGCAUUAUAAAGUUUGAAGCUCUUUGAUCCUUUUGCUCUUAAGCAUCUGGAAAAUGACAGCCUUUCUGGUUCAAUUUUCUUGUGACUCGGUUGGUCUGAAAGGAAAUAUUGGCAUUGUUCUUCAAAUUUUGUUGGCAUUGUUCAUCAAAUUUUGUAACAUGAAUCUGAAUUUCAAAUUCAAACAAUCAGUGCUGAUGUAAUCCUUUUUUAUAAGUUGAGGGUGUAAGAUUAAAUUCCUUCAUUAAAUAGCUUCAGAUUUUCUCUGUUUCAUUGUUGAUUAGUUAUAAAUUGAAUGAGAAAUCUUGGAUGGA